AUGAAUCUCCUGUCAACUCCACUACUCAGCAGUCACUACUCCACACCACUCAGCAGUCUUCUUCUUCCUCCCCCGCCAUUAAUUGAUCAAGAAAAGCUUCAGCUACCAGCAAUGGAGCCCAUCCCUCUCCUCACGCCGUACAAGAUGGGCCAGUUCGAUCUCGCCCACAGGGUGGUGAUGGCGCCGUUGACAAGGCAGCGCUCCUACGGCAACGUGCCACAGCCGCACGCCGCCGUGUACUACGGUCAGCGCGCCACCGCCGCCGGCCUGCUCAUCGCCGAGGCCACAGGGGUCUCGGACACGGCACAGGGCUACACUGACACCCCGGGGAUAUGGACCGCAGAGCACGUCGAGGCGUGGAAGCCCAUCGUUGCCGCCGUGCACGCCAAGGGCGCGCUCUUCUUCUGCCAGAUCUGGCAUGUUGGACGUGUGUCCACCUUCGAGCUGCAGCCCGGUGGCGCCGCCCCGCUGUCGAGCACGGAGAAGGGGGUCGGCCCGCAGAUGAGCUUCGAUGGCCGGCUAGAGGAGUUCUCGCCGCCGAGGAGGCUGACAGUGGAGGAGAUACCUGCCAUCAUCGACGACUUCAGAAAGGCCGCCAGGAACGCCAUCGACGCUGGUUUUGACGGCGUGGAGAUCCAUGGUGCAAACGGGUACAUCAUUGAGCAGUUUCUCAAGGAUAGUGCGAAUGACCGCACCGACGAGUAUGGUGGCAGUCUUGAGAACCGGUGUCGCUUCGCUCUUGAGGUGGUCGAUGCUGUUGUGAAGGAGGUCGGUGGCCACCGUGUGGGCAUCCGCCUCUCCCCUUUCACCGACUACAUGGACUGCCAUGACUCUGACCCCCACUCCCUUGCACUCUACAUGUCCACAAAGCUCAAUGACCAUGGCAUCCUCUACAUCCACAUGAUCGAGCCGAGGAUGGCCAUCGUGGAUGGGCGGCGAGUGGUGCCGAAGCGGUUGCUGCCAUACAGAGAGGCGUUCAAGGGAAGUUUUAUCGCUAAUGGUGGAUACGACCGUGAGGAAGGGGGCAAGGUGGUCACCGAGGGGUACACGGACCUAGUGGCCUUUGGGCGGCUAUUCCUGGCGAACCCAGACCUGCCAAAGCGGUUUGAGGUAGGCGCAGAGCUAAACAAGUAUGAUAGGAUGACCUUCUACACCUCCGACCCCGUCGUCGGCUACACCGACUACCCAUUCCUAGAAUAA